AUGUUGCUGGCUGUUAAUGAUUUGGGCGGCGGCUCUGGCGGAGAUCUGGGUGGCGGCUCUGGCGGAGAUCUUGGCGGCGGCAGCGGCGACGAUUUGGGCGGCGGCGGCGAUUCGGGCGGUGGCAGCGGCGGCGAUUUGGGAGGCGGCUCUGGCGGAAAUUUAGGCGGCGGCAGCGGUGGAGAUUUGGGCGGCGGCAGCGGCGGAGAUCUGGGCGGACCUGGCGGGCAGCAGGGCGGUCCCGGCGGACAGCAGGGUGGUCCCGGCGGACAGCAGGGCGGUUCCGGCGGACAGCACGGCGGUCCCGGCGGACAGCAGGGCGGUCCCGGCAGAAAGCAGGGCGGUCCCGGCAGACAGCAGGGCGGUCCAGGCGGACAGCAGGGCGGUCCAGGCGGACAGCAGGGCGGUCCAGGCGGACAGCAAGGCGGUCCCGGCGGACAGCAGGGCGGUCUCGGCGGAAAGCAGGGCGGACAGCAGGGCGGCAGCGGCGGAGAUCUGGGCGGCGGCAGCGGGGGAGAUCUGGGCGGCGGCAGCGGCGGACCUGGCGGACAGCAGGGCGGUCCCGGCGGACAGCAGGGCGGUCCCGGCGGACAGCAGGGCGGUCCAGGCGGACAGCAGGGCGGUCCAGGCGGACAGCAGGGCGGUCCCGGCGGACAGCAGGGCGGUCCCGGCGGACAGCAGGGCGGUCCCGGCGGACAGCAGGGCGGUCCUGGCGGACAGCAGGGCGGUCCCGGCAGACAGCAGGGCGGACAGCAAGGCGGCAGCUACGGAGAUCUGGGCGGUGGCAGCGGGGAAGAUCUGAGCGGCGGCAGCGGCGGACCUGGCGGCCAGCUGGCGGACCUGGCGGACAACAGCGGUCCCGGCGGACAACAGGGCGGUCCCGGCGGACAGCAGGGCGGUCCCGGCGGACAGCAGGGCGGUCCUGGCGGACAGCAGGGCGGUCUCGGCGGACAGCAGGGCGGUCCAGGCGGACAGCAGGGCGGUCCAGGCGGACAGCAGGGUGGUCCAGGCGGACAGCAGGGCGGUCCCGGCGGACAGCAGGGCGGUCCCGGCGGACAGCAGGGCGGUCCCGGUGGACAGCAAGGCGGACAACAGGGCGGACCUGGCGGACAGCAGGGCGAGCAGCAGGGCGGACCUGGCGGGCAGCAGGGCGGGCAGCAGGGCGGACCCGGGCGCGCUACCCGCGGGGCGCGCUGCCUGCGGGGCGCGCUACCCGCGGGGCGCGCUACCCGUGCGGCGCGCUACCUGCGGGGCUGGGGCGACGGGCCAGGGCGACGGGCCAGGGCGCGGGCUGGGGCGACGGGCUAG